GUGAAUUAUUAGCCUGUAACUAAAAAAUGUUUGGACCUAUAUAGUAUAAUAAAAGAUAAAGUGUUAGCCCAUAUGUUUGCCUUCUGAAAUGCAUUAAGCUUAUAGCAUAAUUUUAAAGCUAUAGGCCUAAAAGUAUUGAUAAUUUAAGAGUUGGAAGAGCCAGUGGAUUAACUCCUGAUUCACCAGGUUGAUCAGUGAGUGUGCAGAGCUAAACCUCAGACAUGUCCUUUCUUUUACAACACAUGCUCACUAAUUUCUCAUUUAAUAAUAAUAAUAAUUUGUACAUUUUCAAGGUGGCAAUUCAGCAGUUAGUUUUGCAUAUUUUCCACAAUGCAAGUUUAAUGAGUAAUUGGAAAGUAAUGCAACAAAGAGGGUCAAAUGAUUACAGAAGCUGAACUAAAAUAGCAUGGGAAAGAUGAUUUACCUGAACAUGAUCAAGAGUCUUAGUCAAUAUUGAUAAUUGCAGGAAAAUGUUCUUAAAGGUUAAACUACAAAAUAAGGCUGUACAUAUUUUAAAACACAUAAGUACACAAGUCAUUGACGUCAGUUAAGAGCCACCAGAUAUUUACCAAACUCCAAUCAACACAUGCUCACUAAAUUCUCGUUUAAUAAUAAUAAUUUGUACCUUUUCAAGGUGGCAAUUCAGCAGUUAGUUUUGCACAUAUAAAUAAAAUAGUCAUAGUCAACUUUAUGCAUGAUCAAUGGUAUAGAAACAUUUGACCUGUUGCAUCCUGUGCAGAUGGUCCCAGUGCUCAUGAACAUGGCCACAGUGUUCGUGCUGAGCUGCAUGUGUGCCGAGCCGCUGCAGAGCCACAAGCCGGCUCACGUGGACCCCCUGGCGGCCCCGAGGUCCAACCCGCAGUGCUGGGAGUCCUCCUCGGCUCUGCUGCUGGAGAUGCGCUCCCCGAGGAUCGCUGACACGGUGCCCGCUCUCUGGGACCUCAUGGUGUUCCUCAGGUCGUCAGACAACAGCAAACACACGGCGUUGUUCUGGGACCUGGCCCGGGUCUUCUGGGACCUCUAUCUGGAUUGCGUGUUGUCCAGGAGUCACGGCCUGGGGCGGAGACACAUCACCGCUGUACACUCCCUCAUCUCUGACAAGCCCUUCAGAUUCAACAGCUCAGGAGCGAACUCCCGGGUGCGGCUCAGUGUCAGAGUGAGACCCAGAGGACACAUCAAGACCCUGAAGACCAAACCCAGAUCAAACACACACUACCACAAAUAAUUCAUAUUAUUUCCCGGUUUAUUAAUAUUUCUUUCCCCAGUGAAAAACUAGAAUAGUUAACACUAUAAUAUCCUCACAGGUUGGCUUACUUAAAGGGUAUCUGUGGCUCUCAAUAGCGAGUUUCAUAGACAUAGGCCUACUUUAUUAGUGGUAAUUAACAAUAAGGUGUCCUGAUAAAUAAAACUAAUGGACAGGGAGGAGGCCUCAGCUGUAUAUUAUCACUUUAUAUCACAGCCCACAGAAAAGGAAAUUGGUAUCCAUUUUAAAAAGUUUGUUUUUUGUAGGUUGUUUAAUUAUUUCUAACUGGUAACACUGCGUGAAUAACUGUAUUGUUUCUAUGGUUACCUUACACACUGAUUCAAAACUGGUGAUCAAAACUAUAUUUGACGUUUUAUUUUUGCGAUCAUAAUGUUCCUAUGUGAUAUGUCCCAAUCAAAAGUAAUAUUUUUAUGUGAUGAUGUAGGAUUACCUGUUUGUUUUUUUCAUUUUAAGUAUAAUAAAUUCA